UCCUUAUUACAGGCUGUGUUUAAAAAUCUUCAUAGCUUUGUCCACUUUUUAGGGUUCAGAUUAAUGACCUGUCUAGCAGGCCUACAGAUAAAGUGCUAUUAUGCCCAGAACCCAACCUAGGCUGAGUUUUCUCCUCUCUUGGGUGGUAGAGAUCCAAAGGUCACUUGUGUAAUGUAUGUGCCUCACACCCAUUUCCCUGCAUGCGUUAGCGCUAGGCUACCCCAGCCCACAUUGCCAGAACCUUGGAUGGAUGGGGUAAAUUGCAGGGGGUGAUUUGGCCUUUGGGACCUGUAAAAGAUAACCUGAUUUACUUUUGUAUAUUGAGUUCAAACAACUACCUUACUAAUGAACUGUGAGUUUUCUGUCUACUUGUAAUGGAGGUUCUUCAUUGCACGAUCCUUCGUCUUUCCAUGGCCUUACACGCAGUUUAGCCUAGCCAGAUUUAGUUAGCAGAAUCAGAACAAAGUACCAAAUAAAACACCUUUCAUUCAUAGUAAGAAGGAGGGAUAUAGGUCAACCUAGCUGUGAUACAUGGCAGCGAAUGUUUUAAAGCGCAGAACCUUUAUUCCUCCCCUAAAUUUUGUCUCAAGGUCCUAAGAUAUCUUUUUUUAAGGUUGUCAUUUGUCACCAAAGAUUACAGUAGCUGACCCUCUGGAUGGGAAUUAUUCCCGUCAGGGUUGGGGCCCAUUACUAAGCACAUUCUGGGGGCAGGGCAAGGUGGGCUCUGCCAGCAGUGAGGUCAACCUUGGAGCGAGCUAGGGGCGGGGCCGCCUUGCCCCCACCUUCAGCUGUUUGGGGGCGGGGCCAUCAUGCAGCGAGCCUCAGGGGGCAGAGCGGUCUGGGCCGCAGGGGGCGGGGCGGCCUGGGCGUCCCGUGGCCAUAGCUUGUGCGCAUGGGCAGUUGCCAUCCAACCACUUUAACUGCCACUUCAACUUCCGCCGGCAUUGAGCGAGUGGAGGAGGUAGUGGGCUGCGCGCUGCCCAAGGCCGACAUGUCUGAAGGAAAGGGCUCCCUGGCCGGAGGCGAAGAGAAGCGGCAGGAGCCAGUUCUGAUGGUCACCUGUAGCGAGUGUGAGGUGAAGCCGGUGGAGGAGGAGGAGGAGCCAGUGAGGGUGGACAUGAUGGGACCCGAUGCCUACUCGGACGACCUGAGCUCAGGGGACCCCGACAUAGACCCGGAGCUCCUGGUGGGCACAGAGGACGAGGGGAAGUGUCGCAGUAUCCGCAAGCAGUACCGGCAGCUCAUCUACAGCGUCCAGCAGAACCGGGAGGACAUCGUGAACACGGCCAGCAACUCGCUGACCGAGGCCCUGGAGGAGGCCAACGUCCUGUUUGACGCAGUGAGCCGGACCAGAGAAGCUGCCCUUGAUGCGCAGUUCCUUGUCCUGGCGUCUGAUUUGGGCAAGGAGAAGGCAAAGCAGUUGAAUUCCGGCAUGAGCUAUUUCAACCAGGUCGCGUUUUGUGACUUUCUGUUUAUCUUUGUGGGCCUGAACUGGAUGGAAGACGAGUACGAUGAACUGAGCGGCUGUGAUGACAUCAUCGUCCUGUCCUUCUGGGACGCAGUGCAAAAGGAAGCUACGUCCUGGAUCCUGCAUGCCGAAGCAUUUCACUUUAUUUUCGGCUCAUUCAAGCCAGAGCCUUCUGCGCGAAAGCCCCGCCUUGAACAUCACAAAAAAGUGCGCAAAAUCGAAGGCAGCGGGGCUAUGCCUACCAAGCUGAGGAAGUUGGACCUAAGUCCCAAUCAAGAGGCAACAGAAAAAGAAGUAGAGAGAAUCUUGGGAUUAUUGCAGACCUACUUUCGAAAAUACCCGGAUACUCCUGUGUCCUAUUUUGAGUUUGUGAUUGAUCCACACUCAUUCUCUCGGACUGUGGAGAAUAUAUUCUAUGUCUCUUUUAUCAUCAGGGAUGGUUUUGCAAGAAUAAGGCUUGACCAAGACAGGCUGCCAAUAUUAGAGCCAAUUAAUAUUAGCCAAAUGGAUGAAGGAAAUGAUCCCGGUUUCUAUGGCAGGAAACAGGGGGUUAUAUCUUUGAGUUUACAGGACUGGAAAAACAUUGUGGCAACUUUUGAAAUUUCAGAGGCUAUGAUCAAAAAUUCAUACUAAAGGUUUUUUUGUUUAUGGUAUAUUUGUUGUUUUUCUGAAAUAUCUCAAAAUAGCAAAAUCUAACAAGUACCCACUGUACUGUAUCUCGUACUUUCAAGAACAUCAGAAAUUGUCUUAUUGUGCAGUAUAUUUUUCUUGGUAAUUUAUAAGG